CUUUCAUCAACUUUAUUUUUUCUCUAUAUAUAUAACUUCUACAUUAUUCUCAAUUGUCAUAGGAAAAAAAAAGUUUUUUAAAUUUCAAUCCAAUAAGUAGUAUUAAUGGCAUCAAGGAGAAUUCACAAGGAACUAAGGGAGUUGCAAAGAGAUCCUCCUACUUCAUGUAGUGCAGGUCCUGUGGCUCAGGAUAUGUUUCAUUGGCAAGCAACUAUUAUUGGGCCAAAUGAUAGCCCUUAUGCAGGUGGUGUUUUUCAAGUGGCCAUUCAUUUUCCUCCUGAUUAUCCUUUCAAGCCUCCUAAGGUGGCUUUCAAGACCAAAGUGUUCCAUCCAAAUAUAAACAAUAAUGGAAAUAUUUGUUUGGACAUUCUUAAGGAUCAAUGGAGUCCUGCCCUCACCAUAUCUAAGGUUUUGCUAUCCAUAUGUUCAUUGCUAACAGAUCCAAAUCCAGAUGAUCCAUUGGUACCAGAAAUUGCACAUAUGUACAAGACUGAUAGGAACAAAUAUGAAUCGGUGGCUCGUAAUUGGAACCAUAAGUAUGCUAUGAACUGACUUGCUGUAUCCCUGUAAAAUUAGUCAAAGUGCGGAAAAACUGAUCCAAAUAUCACGAUUACAAUCAGUUAUAACCAUGAUUUCUUCCUGCCCAAACAUAUAUUAAGUGCCGAAAACUGAGAUAUCUAACUAUCCAAAUUUGGGUUUAAUAAAUGCUUUUUUUUCCUCUUCUUACUAAA